UGUACGAGGAUGCAGUGACAGCGGCGACAUGAACAGGCAUCCGGUGGUCUUGGCUGCGCUGCUGAUGCUGACGCUGUGUUUCGUGAUGCUGAAUUCGAACCCAGUGGUUGACCCGCGUCAUCACCACUGGGGUGGUGGCCACAACUACGGAUACGGACAUCACCACCACCACUGGCACCAUCCACACCAUUGGCACCACCCACACCACUGGCAUCACCGACACUCCUACAGAGUAGAAAUUAUACUGCCUCGUUGGUUCUUCCUGCGUAAUGGACUAGCUGGCUUAGCAGAAUAACGUGCAACGUGUGCAACGUUUUUGAUUUCGUGCUAGAAAUAGCAAUAAACUGAGAAUCAGGAUGUAACUUUGAGUAUUUAUUGUUUUUAUCCAGAGAAUUAGCAUUAACAAUAUUUUAUUCAAUUAACUCGGAACGUUAAUGUGUACUGUUGUUUAGAUUUACUGUUUUGUAUUGAUUAUAUAACAACUUGAAUGCAUUGAGGUUGCUGUAUUGGGAAAUUGAAAACAUAUUCCAAAACAUCCAGUUUAGAUUUAAACUAGGCAAAGCACUGUAUGAAACAAAUCAU